AUGGAGUCGGCUCCGAGGCCACCCUCUCCGCCUACCUUUAGAUCCCGGGUUAAGCGGUAUACGGAAGACACCCGGAACGUAGCGGCAUGGCUUCGCCAGACCGCUUUGAACUGCGGAUAUGCCGCCAGCACCGCAUCACCAAGCGUAGAAUCUUGUAACGGAAAGAAAGCCGAAUAUCUCAUCAAGACGUCUGAGUUCAUUCCCAUGGCUGAGGCCAUCGCGGCGCACAAACCCCAACCUACGAUCCCGGAAGAUGUGUUAGCCACAAUUUCCCGAGCUAUCAGACUACGCCGCAGAGAGACCCGAUACGUUAUGUCGUUUGGCGCUAAAAGUAAACGAAGUCAACUCGAAGACAGCACGCAUACCCAUUUCACAGAGAGGAUUCUGGGCAAGGUUCGAGACGUACUGCGACCAACCGGUCAGCCUUCUGCACUCGGACUCCAGACAGAUACCAUACCGUCACUCAGCGACAGGCUUGCUUCUUUGUCGACAUCUGACACUGACGAAGCCGACACUAUUGGUGAAGAGUCCUUCAGCAACCUUACACCCGUACACAUCGACUUUGAUGAUAUAGAAGUUGAGGACGAGUUCUUCUUGGCCAUCGACGUGUUUCUGGAAGACUUGUUCUUCGUUCGUCAAUAUGUACAGCACAUUUGGGCUACAUACAAGGCAUCCGCACUGGAAAACAACGUUUGUUCAUUAUUUACGAAUACAGCGAUAGACGUCGUCCGUCUAGCUGAGAAGGAAUUGGAUCAACUAGUCAAGCGGCCUAAACGAUUUCCUGCUGAUAUCUUCCCUGUAUGGACGCUGCCGUCAUUGUUGUUACACAAGCGAACUCCUGCGCUGCAAAAAUUUACACAUGAGGAAAUUGCAGCUCUGACACCAAUCAAGCUGUUUCCCACCGAUACUGAGGACCAGAGCGACUUCGCAUUCUUUUCGGUCUUAACAGGGCUCAAAUGGUAUCUUUUUGCUCCUACUCACCAAGAAGGUUUCCAUCAACAAGACCCUGCAUGGUUCAAGCAACCCGGUGAGAAGUGGCACCCGCAUCUGUCAAGGGUUGUCGAGAUGUGCCACAUGAUGCAGUGGCAAGCCUCGGCGAAGUUGUUCCAAGUAUCGCAAGGCAAAUUCGACACGAUUGCCGAAGAUGAGAUCUCAAGAGCGGUUCGCCACAUGGUCAAACACAAAGAGAUUCCAAUUUGGGUGCAAUUUGCUGCCCAGACUUAUAUCGACAUACAAGAUGUGCUAGGAGAUCGUCUAGAUACACCGUUGAAAGAACUUCAGAUAUACCUACAGACUUUCAACCGAACCCUGGCCAACUUUCUGAGUGGCAACUCCCAGUUGGACAAGUAUGAAAAGAACACCAGGUUUCGAACGGGAUACCUCAAGAUUAUCGAUGACCUGAAACGGAAGCAAUCUAUACUUGAGGCGUGGUUUACAAAGGAUCUAUUCACCCUGAGUCUGAGAGGAAGCCCACAUCCAUAUCUGUCGAAAUUCAAGAAGGAGGACCACGUACUACUACGUCGACAUCCACUAGGUUGCGGGGUACUCCAGUACAACAUGUUCGAGGAUUUGCAUGAGUAUGGUCUUCAGCUUGAGUUGGCUACGGACUGUAUCCGACCUAUGAUAUACCUCUAUGCAGCCACUCGGUUGCUAUGUAAAGAUUCUCCGACAUGGCCUGACAUGGAAUUACUCAUUCAGCGUCAGGACCCUCAGCGGCUGUUCUAUGGCAAUGAAAGGCCAACGGACUAUCGAACGCUCUUCACCUGCUUCAAACAGGCGACUGUCAUGCCCCUCACAUCGCUACAUAUCACAGAUCCUAGUAUGUUGACCGACGUGUUCAUGGACCGCUUCGACCAUCAAGUGAGCGAUAACAAAGAAAUCGAUUCUGUAGUAUCCAGGUGGGCGACACUGAUGAGGAAUGAAGAAGGCAUGAAGCAUCUCCUUCGGCAAAGAAAUGUCGAUCCAUCGGAAUACUCUACUGCUUUACGAUCACUACAGGAGCAAGCCAAGAACAACAAACCAGAUGGGAUCCUCACUCGAUUGCUCCCGUGUCUAGAGGCGGAUGCUAUCGAUUUGCACUUUGACUGGCUGUCUCUGCACAACACAUGCGCUCUUCUAUGGCUGAGAAUGUACUCUAAGCUCAGCAGUCACAAAGGCUCUCUGACAUUUGAUCCGGACAAGUAUCGGAUGACUCCUGAAUCGCGAGUGAAACUUGUUGAGCAGAUACUUCUCGAGACCGUGGAAGCAUACAAUGCCACACAGAACAUGGAGCUUAAGGACGCCUGGCAGGCCUUCGGGGCCGGCAUUCGAACCGCCGCUUCCACGUUGCAGGAGACGAUAAAAGCGCCUUCGGUCUCCACGAUGUAUGGUCAAAUCAUGGGCGGCGAUUUUUGUAUUGCUUCGACGAUGGGGCAGACGUCUCAACAAGGUGUACACUAUCCAGGCAUCUUCUACAAACAGCCCGGGCCGAUGAAUGUCAGCAACUUGUACCGUGGCUGGGAUAAAAAGAUACAGAAAAGUCUUCACUCGACUACAUGCGCCGAAUUCUCGGAUGCGAAGCACAAAAAUGUUGUGGCGCAGGCAGAGGAUGAGCGUCGAAGGCAACGGGAAAUCUUGAUAGAGCUGCUGCUAGAGCAAGAGACACUUGAGCAAAAGAAGCAUGGGCAAAGUUCGAAGGCGCAGAAAGCCGCAAAGAAGUCGAAGAACCAAAAGAAGAAGGGUAAAGGCACGACCUUUUGA